AUGAGCUUCUCUUCCUGCGAAGUUCUCAACCCCCAAGUAAACAGCUGGCGUCCCAUUUCGGGCAUGUCUACCAGACGUUCAUCUGUGGGUCUUUGCGUGCUUAAUGGUCUCCUCUAUGCCGUAGGUGGCUAUGAUGGUGCUCUUCGACGAUGCCUCUCUUCUGUUGAGGCAUACAACCCUUGUACAGAUGAAUGGAGUCCUGUGCCAGAGAUGACAUUUAGGUAG